AUGGGUGAGCCAGCAGCAGCAGCAGUAGAAGAAGGCGGUUUCGGAGUCGAUUUUUGUCUUCGGUUUUUUUUCAUCCGCUUCGUCGUAUCGAAUGUCUGCGCCGGCCGGGGCAGCCGUUGCAAAUGCUCCUCAGUAUUUGUCGAUUUAAUUUCGUCACUCUUUUUGGAGGCACUGAAAACUCCCCUCAAUGUGUUCCCAUGA